UUGUAAUUUUUCCAAAAACAAUAAUCCUGAUUGUACAGGAGCUCAACCCAGAAUUGAGCAUCCCUGGGAAGCCGGUCCCAUGUUAGAAAAACCCCUUCUAAACCCUACCAAACACAAACACAGACGCAGAACUCUCCUUCUCAUUUUCUUCACCACUUGAAAUCUUUUAAUCUCAGUGUUUAUCUCACAAAUGGACGAACCUCAACCCCAAACGGAGCUCCUUCGCAGUUACGAGCUCCGUCUUCUCCGUUGCACUUUUUCUCUUCCACCACCAUCCGCCGACGAACGUCGUCAUGACGGCAGCGAUAGUAAUUGUAAUAUCAGUUAUCUCCACUCACUCAUCAAUGAGCUUCUCAAUUUAAUCGAAACCGGAAACUAUCUUGAAGCUCUUUCCUCGGACGCAUCAAAACUCUUCACCGUGUUACCUGACUCAUGUUCCCCUGAUCAAUAUUAUUCCGAGUUAGUAGAGCGAGUGGAACGCUUUAUAAACAACGAUGGCAUUGGCAUUGAUGACGUGGAAGUUCCCUGCAGAGUGAUUCUCGUUUUGUCUGUUGCAAUUGCCGCUUUUUUAUUCUUCACUCAGUGUAAUAUUACCGGACCAUUGGAUGAGGUUAGUAGAUGUCCUGUGCUGUUUAAAGGUGGUGAAUUUAUUGAAUGGGAAAAUUGGGCUCGAAAUCAGCUUAUGUCCAGUGGCUGUCAUUUACUUGGAAAGUUCUCUAAUCUCCAGUUUAUAGUCUUUUCUAAACUGUUGGUCAUGAAGAUAAAAGACUUGCUCUUUGGAGGAAGUUUGGCUUCUAUAUAUGGAAUUAGAACAAUUUCAUGGUGGCUUGUGAGGAUUUUACUCGUCCAACAGAGAAUUUUGGAUGAGCUAUCUUCUUCUUUGUUUGACCUACUGCAAGUGUAUAUGGGUGAAACUUUACAUCAUUUUGGCACUUUGGAGCAAGUAACAAAUUAUUGGGGGGCAAAGUUGCUUGAUGAAGAUGCUUCUUGUAUUGUCUCAAUGGUUCAUUUAGAAGCUGGCAUUAUCGAACAUGCCUAUGGACGUGUUGAUUCGUGCAGACAGCAUUUUGGGUCAGCCGAAGCUUCAGCUGGGCUUCAACUUUCUGUUACUGGGGUUCUUGGCUACCGUACUGUGCAUCAGGCAGAGCCAAAAGCCCAAAGAGUGCUUCUUAUCAACAGAAACUCAUCAAACAAAUGUGCUAUUGUUUCCUGUUCCUCAAUAAGCCGUGACCUGCAAGCACAUACAAUUAAUGAGGAAAAUUCGCUGCUGCAACAUGAAACCUCAGACAUACUUAUGACACCAAAAUUGCUAGAGAAUGGUACUGAAUCUGGAGUUAGUUUACAGGGAAAUCAUUACAAUAGUUCUGGUGUUGGUGCUCCUUUAACAGCAAUGCAGCAGGCAGUGGUUCUGGCACAGUGCCUUUUGAUUGAAAAGAGCACUCGGCAGGAUGAUUUGCAAAGAUGGGAUAUGGCUCCAUUCAUAGAGACCAUCGAUUCUCAAUCAUCAUCGCUGUUUAUUAUACAAUGUUUUUGCAACUUCUUACGAAUCCGUUGGGAGUCGACUCGUAGCCGUACAAAGGAACGUGCUUUAGGAAUGAUGGAAAAUUUGGUGGAGUCUCUCAAUAACCCUUCACCUGGAGUGGCAAAAAGAAUUCCUUUUGCAUAUGGGAUUUAUAUUCCUGCUAGUCCAGCUUUGCGGAAGGAAUAUGGUGAGCUUUUAGUGAGUUGUGGUUUGAUAGGGGAGGCACUUACAAUCUUCGAGAGUUUAGAGUUGUGGGACAAUCUUAUAUACUGCAAUCGUUUAUUGGGUAAAAAAGCGGCAGCUGUUGAACUCAUCAAGAAACGACUAUCCGAAAGGCCUGAUGACCCAAGUUUAUGGUGUUCAUUGGGCGACGUUACAAAUAAUGAUAGCUGCUAUGGAAAAGCUCUUGAAGUAUCAAAUGAUAAAUCUGCACGAGCAAAGAGAUCUCUUGCUCGCAGUGCAUAUGAUAGAGGAGAUUAUGAGACUUCUAAAGUGCUAUGGGAAUCUGCUAUGGCCUUGAAUUCUUUAUAUCGAGAUGGUUGGUUUGCUCUUGGGGCUGCUGCCUUGAAGGCUAGAGAUGUUGAAAAGGCUUUGGAUGGAUUCACUCGAGCCGUUCAGCUUGAUCCUGAAAAUGGGGAAGCUUGGAAUAAUAUUGCAUGUUUGCAUAUGAUCAAGAAGAGGAACAAUGAGGCUUUCAUUUCAUUCAAGGAAGCCCUCAAACUCAAACGAGACAGCUGGCAGUUGUGGGAAAACUACAGUCAUGUUGUCAUGGAUGUGGGCAAUGUUCGUCAGGCUCUGGAAGCUAUACAGAUGGUUUUGCAUAUAACCAGCUGUAAACAAGUUGAUGCUGAUUUGUUGGAAAGAAUUAUGCUAGAAAUAGAGGGAAGAGCUUCAAGUAGACAUUCUAUUUAUCUUCCAGCGACCGGUGAUACUAAUUCCACCAAUCAAACUUGUUUUGAUGACUCUCAAAAUGAUUCAGAAGUACAAGCAGGUUGGUCACGGGAAACUGAGCAGUUAGUGGAGCUCUUUGGUAAAAUACUUCAGCAGAUAAUUAAAAGCGAUAGUAGAGCAGAUAUAUGGGGUUUAUACGCAAGAUGGCACAAAAUUAAAGGAGAUCUUACAAUGUGCUCUGAAGCACUAUUGAAGCAAGUUAGAUCAUAUCAGGGAUCUGAUUUGUGGAAAGAUAGAGAUCGGUUUAAAAAGUUUGCACAUGCCUCAUUGGAACUAUGUAAGGUCUAUAUGGAAAUAUCUUCCUCUACUGGUAGCCGGCGUGAACUCUUUGCUGCAGAGAUGCACCUGAAAAACACAGUUAAACAGGCUGAGAGCUUUUCAAACACAGAAGAAUUCAGUGAUCUGCAAACUUGUCUUGAUGAAGUCAAGGUGAAGCUUCAAUCUGCUUUGCCAUCUUAAGGAACUUAAGAACUCUCCAUGGCGGUGUUAUUCUGCAAUGUGAAAGAUCACUAAUUCAGUUUCAAACUUCUGGGGCUCAAGCUCUUGGAGCACGCGUGGAAGGAGAAUGCUGGAGUUUGCUAACAUAUAAAACACACGAGGGUUUCUGGACGUUUGUAGGUUUACACAUGCUUGUACACAUAGUUUUCUCCCUUUAGACCUCUUAAAGUUAGGGUUUUUGUCUUCUCCUCAUUUCCAUUGUCAAGUAACUUAGUAUAUAUUUCAUCUUUGACUUGUCCUGUUGUAACUGUUUCUUUGUACAUCCAUCAUAGUUUAGAUAAUUUAUAAAAUCAAGUUCCUAAUU